AUGCAAUAUCUAACCAUCACCCUCUUACCGUUACUCGCAAUCACGACUGUUGCCAUACCACUAUUGUCUGGACUAGAAUCUAUCAACAUUCCCGCUAUUCCAGAUAUUCCAACUGUUCCAAAAGUUCCAGACGUUCCAGAUGUUCCGGCUACAUCAAAAUUAGUAAAGAGAGAAUCUAUCAACAUACCGGCCAUACCAAAUGUUCCGGCUGUCCCCAAAGUUCCAGACGUCCCGGCUACAUCGAGAGCAUUAAAGAUUCGAUCCAUCAGCAUACCGGCUAUUCCUAGCAUCCCUGAAAUUCCAGCCAUUCCAGCCAUUCCUGAUAUCCCUGAAAUACCCGCAAUCCCCGAUGUUCCUGAUGUUCCUGAUGUCCCGGAAGUUCCUGACGUACCUGAAGUUCCUGACGUCCCCGAUGUGCCGGAAGGAGAUGAUUCGGCUGAUCAACCACCAGCGUAUGACUCGCCGGCUCCAGCUUAUUCCGAAAGUAGCUCGGGUAAAAAUGUCGAAAGCUCUAGUGAAGAUAAUAACGGCAAGAUGAACAACGGGAACUUACAAAGCAAGUCAUCAGACCAGUAUGAACGGGAUGAACCAGGACGAGGACAACCAGGAAGAGGAGAACCAGGAAGAGGAGAGCCAGGACGAGGAGAACCAGGAAGAGGAGAACCAGGAAGAGGAGAACCAGGAAGAGGAGAACCAGGAAGAGGAGAACCAGGAAGAGGAGAACCAGGAAGAGGACCACCCGGCAGAGAUGACCCAGGUCGCCGACCUCCUUUCACCAACUAG